GUAGCAACUAACCGCAUGGUCACCGGUGGAAGAGGUUUUGUUUUGAAACGUGGCUGCUUUUCUCCCGCAAUGUACACUACAUUUUCCUCAACGACAAACAUCAUGUCGCCUCUGGAGACAUCUGCGGACAGCAGUAACCAAGACGAAGAGCCGAAGGGGACGAAAAGAAAGAUUUCUCUAUCAAAUUGUGGCAUUUGUGGGACGGAAGAGGCCAAGUACAAGUGUCCCGCCUGCCUCACACAUUCUUGCAGUUUGAUUUGCGUGAAGAAACACAAGGACGAGUCAAGAUGCAGUGGUGUUAGAAACAAAACCGCUUACCUGACUCUCUCUCAGUUUGAUGAAAUGACACUUCUGAGCGACUACAGAUUUCUGGAGGACACAGGGAGGUUUGCUGAUGGUGCCCACCGAGAUCUCAUUCGUGUUCCUCGUGCUUCUAUGAGAGCAAAGAAGCUGACUCUCAAUGCCAGAAAGAUGAACAUCACACUUAGAACCCUUCCCAGCACCUUCACCAAGAGUAUAGAAAACUCCACCAUCUUCCACUUUAGAGAAAAACGGUUUCUCUGGCACCUGAAGAUCAUGUUCCCUCAGAGUGGCACUGAAUUUAGCCAGAUUAGGGUGUGUGACAGACUAACUCUCGAACAUAUCUUGACCCCUUACAUACACCCGACGGAGUCCGAUCCUGUAAUGCGCCAAAAGCUGAAGAGGUAUGUAGAAGCCCCGAUUGAGGAUGUCAGUGUUUUCAUGAAGGCGGAAGGACGAAAGGCCAACUCAGUCAGGUACCACAAGUUGGAUAUACACAAGAGCUUAAAAGACAACUUGAUCUUCAAAAUACUGAUUGAGUAUCCUGUACUUCAUGUGGUACUCAGAGCUCAUUGGAAGGAGUUUCCAUUGAAAGGACCAGCUGAGCCUGCGUCAGCCUGUGAUAAGUUUGCAACAAAGAGUGAAGCCGUGGACCAAGCAAGCCAGGACCAGACCGAAUCUUCAUCUUGCAUGUAUGGCUCUCACACCACAGGAGGAAACACCAUCCUCACUGCAACACAGUCCAGCCCUGAAACAGAACCCCCACAAAAUAAAAGGGCAAAGAUAGAAUUGGAGGACGGAGAGAUCAUGGACAGUGAUGAUGAAGAUGAGAGGAGAAACACUGGGGAAAAUACCACCUUGAUGAAGAUAUCUGAUGGUGCCAACAGCCCUGCACAUUCCAUGGAUGUGAACAAAGAUGAACUGGUAGACAGUGAGGACAAAGUUGAAGAUAAUUGUGUUAAUAAAGAUGCUAGCACUGUUGAUGAUAGAGGGGCUGCCAGAGAGAGUUUAGAGGUCGGCAUGACUGAGAAUGCUAUGAAAGGUCCUCUUUUUAUCCAUCACCGUCCUGAUGAAAAUCAGUCUGUUAAUAUUACCAACAUCUCUGAGUUACAGUAACACCCUCCAAUUUGCAUUUACUCAAGUAUAAAACAUGUAACCUCUUUCUUGUUCAUAUUUUUACCAAAAAAAGGGAUUUCUUUUGUCUAUGAUUUGCGAUCUCUUAAAUAAAGACAAUGUUUUUUUUAAUGUUCUUGUGCUACAUGUUCAAAUCUCAGCUCGGGGCUACCUUGACAUGUUCUUCCUGUGCCUGCGCAGGUUUCGGCCUUUCGCAUCAAAAGAGCCGUUAGGGCACGUUUCCAAGAAAAUUAAACCCACUUGGAGCCACAAAACCUAUUGAAGGAAACGCUACAUACAUAGUUUCCUUAAACAUAUAUUCACGUUCCUUUUCCGUCUUCAUGUUCCUCCUGGCAGAGUGACGAGCUACACCUGUUGCCACCUGACAGUUAUAUUUCUGAAGCCUUCUCCUCCGAUUUCGGAUGUUACACAUCGAUUUGUUUCAGUUGCAAUACCACUGUCUGUUAAUUGCUGACAGUAAUUAAUUGCUGUUGUUCAUUUGCGACAAAUGAACAAUACCACGCUCGACGGCAAUGUCAGACGUAGUGAAUACACAGUAGCAUACGUGUGAAUGGUGGUUGGUCAAAAUGUUGCCUGUGAUUGACUGACUGCUGACCAGGUCAGGGUAUACCCAAUAGCUGGGAUGGACUCCAGCUCGCGCGUGAACCAGAUAAAGCAGCAGAAAAUGGAUAGAUGAAUGACUGCAUAGCAGUAGACAAGGACCUGAACUCAUUUUUUAAGCACAUGCUA